AUGCCUUUCUUGUUCCUGGAGCGGUUCCCCUGGCCCAGCCUACAGACCUACACGGCGCUGAGUGCCGCUCUGCUGGCCGGGACCGUCCUGACCGUCUGCUCCUCCGACUCCCGCCCGCAGUCCAGCUCGGAGGAGACGCACGGCCACCCGGUCCACGGCUCCAGGAUCAGCCGCUACAUCAGGGACGGUGGGCAGUACCUGAGCGCGGGGUAUGGAGACGUGGCUGCGGAUGUGCUGCUGUACCUGCUGAGUGACAGUGUCUUUGUUUGGGUGAUGGUGAACACCGCCUGCUGCGUCUUGCUGCUGAUCGCCAAACUCAUCCAGUGCGUUGUGUUCGGGCCGCUCCGCGUCAGUGAAAAACAGCACCUGAAAGACAAGUUCUGGAACUUUAUUUUCUACAAGUUCAUCUUCGUGUUCGGCGUCCUGAACGUCCAGACGGUGGAGGAGGUGGUGAUGUGGUGGCUCUGGUUCGCCGUGCUGGUCUUCCUCCAUCUCCUGGUUCAGCUCUGCAAGGACCGCUUUGAAUAUCUGUCCUUCUCUCCGGCCACUCCUCUGUCCAGCCACGCCCGGGUGCUGCUGCUGCUCGUGGUGCUGCUGUUGUGCUGCGGCGGCCUGGCGACGCUCUGCAGCCGCCUGGCUCGCAACCAGGGACGCCACACCGCCGCAUUCAUGGCCGCAGAGUGCAUGUUGGUGACGGUCAGGACCACACACGUCAUGUUUCGGUACUCCAUCCACCUGUGGGACGUGAACCAGGAGGGCAGCUGGGAGAACAAAUCCUCCUACGUUUACUACACUGACCUGCUGAUGGAGCUGCUGCUGCUGGGCCUCGACCUGCUGCAUCACAUCCACAUGCUGAUCUUCAGUAACAUCUGGUUGUCCAUGGCGAGUCUGGUCAUCUUCAUGCAGCUUCGCUUCCUUAUUCAGGAGGUUCAGAAGAGAAUCCGCCGCCACCACAACUACCUGCGAGUUCUCCGCAACAUGGAGACCCGGUUUUCUGUGGCGUCUGCAGACGAACUGGCCGCCAAUAACGACGACUGUGCGAUCUGCUGGGACGUGAUGAGUUCAGCUCGGAAACUGCCCUGCGGACAUCUCUUCCACAGCUCGUGUCUGCGCUCCUGGCUCGAGCAGGACACGUCAUGUCCAACGUGUCGGAUGUCCCUGAACAUCGGAGAGGGAGGAGAAGGGGGUCAAGGGGAGAGGGAGGCGAGGGAGGCCGUGCCCGACAACAUGGCAGCCGGAGCUGGAGUUGAUGCUCGGCCGCACCUCAACCAGCUCAACCACUUCUUCCACUUCGACGGGUCUCGUAUCGCCAGCUGGCUGCCCAGUUUCUCUGUGGAAGUUAUGGCCACAACCAACUUUCUGGGCAUCGCUCCGGCCAACCCAUCUCAGCUCAACCCCAUGGCUCAGCAGAUCCAGGAGAUGUUUCCUCAGGUUCCCCUCCAGCUCAUCCUGCAGGACCUGGAGAUCACUCGAUCCCUGGAGGUCACCACCGACAACAUCCUGGAGGGACGAAUCCAGACCCCCGCUGCCGCCCCACCACCACCGGCUGCGGAGCACCCGGUCAUACAGGUGACUCCUCCACCUGAGGACGAGGGUGGAGCCAGCAGCGAGGAGGAAGAGGAGGAGGAGGAGGAUGAGGAGGAGGAGACAGAGGACGAGGAAGAAGAUGAAGAUGAAGAGGAGGAGGAGAACGAGGAGGUGCAGAAGCAGGUCACCGUGGAGGACAAGAUGGACGACGACGAGCGGAACGUGGAAGUUCAGUUUUGUGCGACGGUGGAGGAGCGACAGAAGAUGCUGCUGCAGAGGAAGGAGGAGCUGCUGCGGCGAGCACGAAGGGACUAUCUGUCCAGGAACUCCAGGUCCAACACGGAAAACCCAGACGCCUUGGACGGCGAGACUUUGACCUCCGACCCCGUGAACCUGCGACGAGAAACGUUAGCGUCGGCAGCAGAACGACGGCUGCAGAGACCGUCGGACUCCACGCACUGAGGUACUGACUCUGGUCUCUGGUCGUCUCACAUUCGCUUAACUUAUCACAACAGCGUCACGUCCAGUUUUACCGUCUGUAGCGUCAUGUAGCAUCAGCUCCUCCAGUCAAGGUGGAGUUACAGAGCUGGUCUGCUUCUCUACAACAUCCUGAAUCCACAGGUAAUCACAAGUAACGUAGCAUCUGAAGAUUUGUGAUUUCACAGGUUGUUUAGGACCAACAAAUCAAAUCAAAUCUGGUUGUAGCAGCAAGAAAUCAAAUAUUAUCAUCAAAUUCGCAACAAAAGUCUUAGUUUUCUUCACUUAUUCUUCCCCUCCUUUAAAAUAAAUCAGAAUUUUGCUCAUUUUAAACUCUAUUUUGUAAAGGCACUGACAUUUGUGGAAAUUGAAAUUGUUGAAAGUUUGUUACCAUCAAAGUAAAAUACUGGGAAAAGUGUUGUUUUGUUAUCGACAACCAAAAAUUGAAAAUAAUACACAGUGGUAGUUAUUUUCAUUGAUAAAUACCACCUGUACAGAAACCCCGAAAGGCAAGAGAGAGUGUGUUUCUCUCUUUUUUUAAUCUAUAAAAACAGGUGAAUUAAGUGUAAUGCUCAGUUUGGCUACAAGGGGCUGAACUGCACCAGGACCAACUUGUCACAUUUUCUUCCUUUCUUCUAAAGGAAAAGUACGUAUAUUGUGUGUUAGCAGGUUAUGUAACAUUAAUUGUUAAAGGCUGUCUGGAAGAGUCAGGUGAGGUUAUAUAUAAAAAAUAUUUUAAAUACUACUUUAAAUACUUUCUGUAUUUUUAUUUUUGGUCCAUCAGUUAUUGAUGUAAUUGUUAAAAGAUAAAAUAAAGAAAAUUCAAUAAUCUGAAAAUAUUGAGUUAACUAAGUCAAGUCUCCUCAGUUUAAACCAUUCAUCCUGACAAAAUAAUAAUAAUAAUAAUUAUUAUUAUUAUUAUUCUCUCACUUGCCUUUAGGGCGUUAAAGUAAGGUGCUAAAAAAAAGUGUUCUAAUGCUCAGAUCUGUUUUUUUCUGUUACAAGUUAAACGAUUCACAAUAACGAAGAGUGAAUAUAGAGAAGUGUAGGUUUGAUGCUGCAUUCAUGUCCUAUCAGAGUUUCUGAUUUGUAGAGAACGCUCACGUUGCUCUGAUGUUUCUGAUAUAUUCGAUUCAGAUGUUAGAGAUAAAAAAAAAUUCACAGAAAACCAAAAAAAAUAAAGGACGGAAACGCAGCAAACUUCAGUUCAUUUAAGACUCGAUUAAACACAACUCAGUGUAGAAAUGAAUGUUUGUGGUCUGACCUUGUUCUCUUACCACAUUUUAAAUUCUCUUGCUGUUACAUUUAAACUCAGUUUUGUUUAUGUUAACGUCGUCUUCAGCAGUAUAACAUGUAUUUAAAAACUUUGGAGUAUUUUGCCUAGGGGAAGCCAUGUUGGAAAACAAACAGCAGGAAGUUGAUCGACUAAUAUUAAAAGUCCAAUGAUAACUCCCUGCAGGUUUUAUUUAUAAAGCUCUGGGAUUGAUAGAAUGAUAGAAAAUGAUUUAUUUUUGUGUCAUAAAAUGUCUUACAGUAUUUAAACGAGUAAUUAAUUUUAUUCUGAUUUGAAAACAGAGACUAACAUGGACAAUACAGUAAAGUGUAAUUUACAUCCUCAGUAUUCAGUAUCUUAAUCUUUAUUUUUAAGAUUUUUAAGGUAGAUUUUUCCCAUCACCGUGGUUUUAACAUCAUAUCAGUUUGUUCUGUGGCUAAAGCAGCAAUAAUAGAUUUAUAUUUAACAUGUUUAAUGUUUGAUCUUAAAGACAUGACUGACAAACAGCUGUAUUUUUAAUGUUUAAUGAUUUAAAACAACUCAGCGGUUUGUGUUAGUUUUUACUUUUCCUCUUCCAAUGUGUUUUAUUUUGUUGCUGCUUCGUUGCUGUGACAUCUCUGCAUGAAGAGUCAGUCUGGUUUCCAGUUUCUGUUCAUAGUGGGUUUAAUGGUUUUGUUUGGUUUUGUGUUGCACGUUGGCACCUUCAGAGUUUCAGCUCAUUUCAGUUUGUUCUUCCUCAUCUGGACUGUUUCCUGUUUACAGAUUGUACAAAUACUUUUGCAUUUGACAUUUUAAAAUACAUUAUUGGACUGAAAUUUUGUACAGAGAUAUGAAAAUGUAAAGUUUUUUUGUAAAUAAAUGAUAACACAGUCAUACAGUUUGAGUGUAGGAGCUUGUAACAAUAAAAUUUACAAUCAGA